CCUGAUGCUGGAACAAACGACGAGUACCAAGAGUGUUGCAUCGAUAUCUUGACGAAGAAAUCGUAAAAACUUAAUCGUUUACCUGCUCGCUGUGUCCUUCUUCAGGAAGAUCCAGUGAACGUUGAAGAGAUUUUCGGAGAUAGCUCUCGCUUUCUUUUUUCACUUGGAGCUUUCGCGUUCGAGGUAGUUGAAAAACACAGAAGAGAUGAGACCACCCGCGUACAAUGGCGAGGAUGUGCAGAUCUCUCAGGAACAAGGCGAGAGGAACGUGGCCAUGGCUGUUUGCGUGCAGUUGGCGGGCCGGGCAAUAAUCAGGGUAGUUUCCCGAUGCGAAGAGGCUCAAGACAAUUGCAAUCUAGAUCUGUCGGAAUGCCAGUUGAUGCAGGUACCCGAUGCAGUUUAUCAUUUAAUGAGACAUACGGAAUUGAAAAGAUGCGAUCUUUCCGGAAACGUGAUAACAAAAAUUCCACCAAAAUUCGCAGUAAAAUUCUCAUUGAUCACUGAAUUGAACCUCAGUCACAAUCAAAUGAGCAAGCUACCAGAGGAACUUGCAGAAUUACAAGCUUUAGAAAGGCUGGAUAUAUCACAUAAUACUUUCAUUGCUUUGCCACCUGUUACAUGUCGGAUACCACAGCUAAAACGGCUUCUUGCCAACAACAACUCAAUCAUUGAUAUAGACGUGGAGAGACUUAGGCAUGCUCCAGUUUUGGAAUUUAUUGAUCUUCAGGCGAAUCCAUUAACGCCCAGGAUGCACGAUCUUCUCGCUACUUUGACUCGAAUUAAAAUCGAAUUGACGCCCAGACAGGUCGAAGAAUGGGAAGAUCUUACUAUUUGAAGCGAAUUUAUAGUUUAAAGAAACAAUCAAAUCUGCCAAAGCGGCUACUAAACGUCGAAUAUUCGUCCUGCAUGGACGUAGAUUGCUUUUCUUGACUGAGAUUGUUCGAGGGUUCGCACACGGAUCGUUGCGCGAAUUAAGAAUAAACAGCAAGUAUAUGUACAGUGAUAAAAAGCAUAUGACUGACCGAUAUCUGAUGUGGCGAUAAGCGGCAAGAAGGAUCGUCGAGAAACGCGAUUAACCGCAAUUUUUCGUUCCUUAUGAUCUGUACUUAAAGAAUAGAACUUGCCGCGUACCUGAAACUUUCUUCAUUGAUCUCGAGUGAAUACCGAUCAAUCGUCACUUCAUUUUCUCGUUUUGUACCGUGUGGAAUUUUUUUAGAUUUAAUUCCGUUGCUCGCUCAUUUGGCCGCGCAAUGCUGUGAUUGACAUAUGCGUAACAUCGCGAGCCGCGAUCCAAUUUAUUCUACCACAUUUAUACUAACUCCAAAUAAGUAUCCUGUAAAUUUAAGAUAUGUUUAUUAUUUUUUAUGCGUGGACUUGACAUAUUAUUGUAAUAAAUUUUUACGACUGCCAGUUUACGGGCGAUCGACUGCUAAUAAUGUUCGCCAUAAUCAAUGAAUAUUUUGAUUUUAUAAAAUACAAAAGGGAGUAAAGAAAUAAAAAAAGAAUAAUUCGGGUAUACCUAUUGAGAUGUACGAAUUUACAAUUCUUUUUUUCUGUUUAAAUAAUAUAUAUACAUAUAACGGACUUGUAAAAAUUUUGCAAGAUCCUUUGUAUUUAAUUUAUACGAACAAUGUAUAUUAAUUGAAAUGUGUUAUGUAUUAAUUAUACUGUAGCUACGUGUACAUGCACAACAGACAUCAGAAUGUAUUGCUCUGUAUUUCUGAUCUAGUCAAUUGUCCGCGAAAUGUUGCAAUAUACUUUAAGAAACACAAUUUUCUAUUUUAUUUCCUUCGUUUCCUUUUAUAAAUUAGAAGGAACAAUUGUAUGUACAGAAUGUUAAAUUAAUUAAAGGUGGGACAUAUUGAAAGCUAUCUAUCUGAUCGUAUAAAAUAUUUCUGACACAUGCAUGUUGGUUUAGUAGCUAUAUUUUUUCAAUAUUAAUAAUAAUAAUUAAACGUAUAAUGAGUCACAGAGUUAAUUAUCUACAAUACUUGCUCAUGGAUAUAAAAUCACAAAAUAUACAUAGAAUGGACGCGGUUUAAUAUUAAGAAUUAAGGUAGACAUACGGACCGUUCCUUUUUUACUUUUGUUCUAUCAUUAUUUAUAAUAAUUUUCUCUUUUCACUUUUAAAAAGUGAUACAGCCUAUCGGCGAUCGAAGUUUAAGCGAAACGUACAUCGAGAUCGACUGUUCGCUGAAAUCGACAAACGCAUGCGAAAAUAUUCACGAUUCUCGCAAAAAACCUGAAACUCCUCGAUGCUCUCACGACUAACAGAUAAAUUAAAAAGCGUCGCGAAGGACGCCGCACGCGUUAGCGGAUUGCUCGAGAAACGGAGCGAAACUUACAAUAGAAUCGUAUAUCGGAGCGAAGGGAAAUUACGAUAUAUCGAUUGGCGGAUGCGCCAGAGGAGAGGGCCGAAUGACUUUUGUUUACCUGCACAUACUUGCGUAUCUUAUAUACCAAAGCUACACUUUAAUGAGUGAUUAAUAAUUUUAUAUAUAUAUACAUAUACAUAUUUUUAAUACGCGAGUAUAUAUACGACUACACGAGUUCGAUACACCGCAAUUGAAUCUAGGACGAAUCUAGGCUUUGUAACAGCGAAGCUAAGAGUUCCUUCCAAAAGAUACUGAAAUGAAGGCGUUCAAAAAAAAUAUCAAGGGAAAAAUGAACGCCACCAUUUCGUACUUAUUUUCUACGAAUG